AUGAGGGUAGGAAUGAGUAGCUCCUUGAUGCUCUAGUAUCAAGACCCAAAUUUCAUCUUAGAGCACAUGCCAGAGAUAAAAGUAAGCAAGGCACUUUACCAUUCUACUAUCAAGCAUCACAUUGAGUGUGCGAUUUGCUAUCAAGUAGCAGAUAACCCAUGGAUCAGUAGCAUUUGCAAGCGCCUUUUCUGCCUUAAAUGCAUUUAUGGGUUUCUUGCAAUUCCAUUUAACAUUUUCGAAUGCCCCAAUAAAUGCGACGCCGAUAAGUCAUAACUGCACUUUUACUAUAGACCCACCCUAAUACAUAAUGCAUUCCUUAGAGAUUCAAGCUUUUAAUGCGAAACUUGUGACGAAUACUUCAAAGGAGCCUAUACAUUUAAACAUCAUGUUGACUUCUGCCAGAGAGCUGAGCACCACUCUUUUCUCUAAUAAGACAAAUUGAAUUAAUCUGAAAUCAUGUAGCAAAGUAAUAAUAGAUAGAUCAGAGCUAUAAUGGUUGAGGUACGAGAUACUCAUCGCUAGAUCAACGCUGUCUAAAGUGAUUUAGCUUCAUUCAAACAAAAGCAACAAAUUGUAUCAAGGCCAAGUCGCUAGAAUCUUUAAUACCAUAACUUUAGAAGGUAGAGUUAGAGAUAAUCAUUAGAUUUUAACCCUAUGCAGUUCAGCAUUGAUGACAUGAUAAGCGAUGAUUUUAUUGAUGCGAAAUUGUAACUAAAAGAUUAAAGUAAGUUUUACCUUACUUCUGGCGAUAUAAAAUUGUGCGAUGUACUUAGUAAAGAAGAUCUAGAAGAGAGACUGAGGUUGCUUAAAGAAUCCUAAGAUUUCAUAGAGUAGGAGUAAUAAAGAAUAAUCUUAAUGCAUCAGUAAUAGAAAGAAGAAUCUACAAUCCAAAUAAAUACAAAUGUGAAUACACAGUUAGAUAAUCAGGCUAACCUAGUUUAAGCUAAUGAAGACUCCUAAGCAUAAAACAAAAUAGAAUUUAUUCAAUAGUAAACUUUAGGCUCGCAUAGAUAGGUUAUAUAUGUACCAUAGCCUUAUAUCUAAGAAGAUUCAGUGAUUUAAAAUGACUAAGAUUUUAUUUAAAGAUAGUUUGAGCCAAGUAACUAUCAGAAUCAAUAACAUCAAAAAUCUUAUUCAGGCAGAAAUCAAGGAAGCGGAUAUAGAGAUGACUUUUAAUGUGAUUAGUCAAACAACCGCAAUAAUACAUUUGAUAAUGAGAAUUAUAAGCAAAGAUAAAAUACAUUUAAGCAUUAGUAUUCUAAUAGGGAAUACAAUAAUAACAGAGAAGGUGGCAGAUUUGAAGAUAGAGGAUUAACUCUUGGCUACACUCAGAGUAAUCCAGACCAAAAUUACUAAAGUAAAAUAUUUGAAUACAGACAUUAAGGCAGAAGUUUCAAUAAUGAAAACGAUAUGUUUCACUAAUCAUAUAGCAGAGGUCGAGGAAGAGGAUUUAAUAAUAGUUACUAAUAUAGAUAGGGAGAGAGUGAGCACAAUAAUAGAUAUGAAAAAGAUGUUACUUAUUAUAGAAGGGGUAGAGGGUAAGCACGAGAAUAUCAUUGUUUUAAUUAGUAACAUGGUAGUUAAGCUUGGUAGCCGAAACAAUCACUGUCACUGAAUCAUACUCAUUAAAAUGAAAACAUUAGUAAUUAAGGAAAUGAUGAAAUAAAUCAAAUCUCUUAGUAGGAUCCCCAUUUAACUCGAGAGCAAAUUUAAAGUCAUAAGGAAUUGGAAGUAGUAUUUUAGAGAAUUUAAUUGGAUGCUCAGAAAUACAGCGAGUAAUAAGAGUAGUUUGACCCGUUAAAUGACACAGGAAUAAUAAUUAGUAAAAAAUGGAAUUGA